AUGAAGACUCCGAUACCGGUGCCACCCACAAGGAGGGGCCAGGCGGGAAUCCGUUCACAACGCGAGCCCCCGGGCGAGGACGUGGAGCCGCCGGCUCCCGGGAGGUCCCCGCCCACGCGGGGCGGCGAGGCUACGGGAGCAGCGGCCGGGACGCCCCCGCGCAGCCCUCCCCCUCCCCUCCCCCCCCCCCCCCGGGGCCGGCCGACCGCGCAGGCCACGGCCCCCACCGCGCGGAGCCCCGGGGCGUCUUCCGGGCCGCGGCAGGCUGGGCCGGCCCGUUGGGCGGGAGCGGGAGGUGACCCGGGCGCGGGGCGGAGCCGGCGGGGCGCGGCGGCGGAGCCCGGCAUGAGUGGCGUGGGGGCGUCCGUGCGGCCUGCGGCCUGGUCAUGCCUGCGUACCUUUCAGAGGCUGAGCCAGAGGCGCGACCUCUCCUCCUGGCUGAGCCGAUGGUUCCCUAAAACCCCAGCCAAGUCUGUGGUGGCCCUGAAAGCGCCCAUCAAGGUGGAGUUGGUAGCUGGGAAAACCUACAGAUGGUGUGUGUGUGGGCGCAGCAAGAAGCAGCCCUUCUGUGAUGGCUCCCACUUCUUCCAACGCACUGGCCUCUCCCCACUCAAGUUCAAGGCCCAGGAGACCCGAGUAAUGGCCCUCUGUACCUGCAAGGCCACCCAGAAGCCUCCGUACUGCGAUGGUACCCACAGGAGUGAGCGGGUGCAGAAGGCAGAACUGGGCUCCCCGCUCUGAGAGGCUGGCUCCUGCCCAGCCCCAGGCCUCUGACAGGUACCCCAUUUGUGGGGAAGGAGAUGGGAGUGCUGAGCCCAAGAAGGGACCACCCAGGGAUCCCAGUACACACUGCUGGCUUGUGAAGGGCUUGCUCCCAAUACCUGAGGAGUCUCGGGCAGCCAGGAACAUGCCCCCAGUUUCAUUGCCUGUCAGUGAAGAUGGCAUUAAACACUAUGCCCACCCCA